AUUUCAUAACAUUGCAUGUAUAAAUAACAGCUUGCAGGCGUGUAUGUGCAUACUUCAUCUCUACACAGCUUCAAGAUACAACAUUCUACAACAUGAUUUGUUUGAAAGGAUUGAUCUUGCUGCUCUUUGCAGUGGCAGUACACGGAAGAGUUGGGGACUCCACAAGCGAAUCCAGUUACUGCACAGAGACCAAAGAGUGCUUUCUGUUUGACUUGGUGUGUGAAGGAGAUGGUUACGAGGUACGCCACUAUGAAGCUGCUAAGUGGGUGACCACAGAAGCUGAAUCCUAUUUCAUGGAAGUUGCAACUUCAAGAGCAUUCAGGAAACUUUAUAAAUACAUCACCGGAGAAAAUGAGGCCGGUGCAAAGAUUGACAUGACUGCACCAGUCCUCAUUAAAGUCAAUGAGAAUGCGAGCAUGUGGCAGUCAUCAGUCUAUGGUCUCAGCUUCCUCCUGCCCUCCAAAUACCAGGCCAAUCCACCCAAACCUACUGAUUCCUCUGUACACUUAACAGACACUCCAGAUAUGAAAGUAUAUGUCAAGAGUUACGGGGGCUGGAUGGUGUCACUUGUGGCCAAAUCACAGUCUGAUAGUCUGAAAACAUCGCUGGACAAUGUACAAGCUACUUAUGAGACAGAGUACCACUAUAAUGUUGGCUAUAACAGCCCGAUGAAGAUUAUGAACAGACACAAUGAGGCCUGGUAUAUUGUUAAGGGUGAGCCUGUGUGUCCUAGGAGUGGAUAAUUUCUCUGAGCUUCAUCUCGAACAAGUCUUUUAAAGAGCCACAGAGUGCAGAACUACAUGUACUCCUGUAGUCAUAGCAUGUUAAACUGCCUCACAUGGUCUUUUUGUUUAGUUUUUUUUUUUUUUACUGAGUAUAGGAUACAUAUUUAGCACCGUAUUAAACCAUUAGCACAUAUACUGUAAAAGAGUUGGGUUUGGUUUAGUAGACAACAUUAAAAAAAGAAAGAAAACUGGCAUAUGUCAAACAAAUGUCAACCUCCAAGGGAUGAUAUUUGGCCUAUAAGCAUGUGUUAUAAACAUUUGUUUAAAAAAAAUAAAAUAAAAAUAAAAAUCAGA